GACGAUCAGUGAUGGCUUAGCUAGUGAUGAGGGAGGAGGGACUGACUGAUUUUGGGAUAAAUCGUGUUGGAUUAGCAACAAAAUGAGUUUGAAUCGAGAUACUUUAAUUCACCUAUUUGCUGGAGGGUGUGGUGGGACCAUGGGAGCUGUAGUAACAUGCCCCCUGGAAGUGGUGAAGACGAGGUUGCAGUCGUCCACCUUUGGGAUCAUGAGCAACCUGCCUCCACCUGCAGCGCAACAGCGAGGCUCUACCACGUGCACAACCCUACCCCCCAUCCACAGUCGGGGAGGCAACACGCGAAGACUGUGUACCAGUGCCAUCAAGACUGGCACACAAGUCGUUCACCUAUCGCAGCAGCUUCCCAAUCCGCGACCACAUACGUUGUCACUCUUCCAUUGCCUGAAAUACAUCGUGGAGGUUGAAGGUCCACGCGCGCUGUUUCGUGGACUUGGGCCCAAUUUGGUGGGCGUGGCUCCAUCCCGGGCCAUAUACUUCUGUUCCUAUUCGCAAAUGAAGAAAUUCCUUAACAAUCACUUCAGCUCAUCCGAUACCCCUAUUGUACAUAUCCUAUCUGCCUCAUGGGCUGGAUUUACAGCAUGUACAGCUACCAACCCUAUCUGGUUUGUGAAAACACGCUUACAGUUGGAUUACGCUCGUUUAGGUCACAAAGUGUCUGCCCUUCAGUGUAUCCGUCGAACUUACCGGCAACAGGGAAUUCCUGGAUUCUACCGUGGAAUUACAGCAUCUUACUAUGGUAUCUCCGAAACAGUUAUUCAUUUUGUUAUUUAUGAAGCAAUCAAGGCAAAUCUUGCAGCAUAUCGGCAAGGAAACCCAAACCAUCGGUCUGCACGUGAUUUUCUGGAAUUCAUGCUUGCUGGGGCGACUUCCAAAACCAUUGCCUCUUCAAUCUGCUAUCCACAUGAAGUGGCAAGAACAAGGUUGCGAGAGGAAGGGUCUAAAUACCAUGGCUUCUGGCAGACUCUUGGGCUGGUGCUACGUGAGGAAGGCUGGGCUGGCCUGUACAGAGGCUUAGCAACGCAACUCAUCAGACAGAUCCCUAAUACAGCUAUCAUGAUGGCAACCUAUGAGGGGGUCGUAUAUGUGCUUACGAGGCAUUUUGGCGAGAGCAACGAAUUUUACGAAGAUGAUGACGAAGACUACACUUAUGAGGAAGAGGAUUAGUCCUUGCUGCUGUUCUAAUACAGUUUUUCUUUCUUUCUUUCCUUUUUUGUGCUCAUGUAUAAUUUUUCAUCUUUUUUUUAUUUAUUUUUUUAUUAAUGUAAAGUUGUGAUCCUCACGAUUAAUGCCUUUGUUAUCAUUAUCACUGUAACUACAUUAUUAUGAUUAUUAUUAUUAUUAUUAUUAUUAUUGUUAUUAUUAUUAUUAUCAUUAUUAUUAUUCCAUCUUUACUCUUCUCCUUUUUCUCUUUUUCCUUGUUCUUUACUGGGAAAGUACUUGAACUGCAAUAGAUUUACAAUGAUGCAGAUAGAUUUAGGGGUCUAACAUAGUGCUAUAUUGUUUUUUGUUGGUUUUGAUUAAAAGCCUGCAUCAAGUUGCAGCUCUUGGUUUUGUUCAAGGGAAAGAGAUUGAAUUACCAAGUUUUUGAAGAUACAGUUUAUUUGUUUGUUGAUAUUAUUAUUAUUUUACAAUUAAUGUUAUUAUUGUUGUUCUUAUUUUUGUCUUAUUAUUAUUAUAAUUGUUAUUAAUAUCAUCAUUGAUUUUUAUAUAUUUUUUUUCUUAAAGUAUUGAGAAUUUGUAAUUAUAGAUAUAUUUUUGUGGCUAAUAGAGACAUUUCAAUUACCAUUUUGGUCAAUAAGGUUUUUUUUUUAAUGUAAUGAGAGGAUCAACAAGUUUGUAAUUGUGUUAUUGAAUUGGUAGUACAGGCCCUAUUUUAUUUUCUGUGUAGUUGUAAUGUAGUCUCUUUUUGAGGUGCUUUACCAGUUGUUCCUAAUGAUAAUGGCAACAUUGCAUAGUGAGAUAUACAUAUGUUUAUAAAUUAUAUAUAUAUAUAUAUAUAAACACAAAACCUCUUGUGAUGAUUUCUCAAUGUAAUAUUUAUUUUUACAUUGAGUAAUUCCCAAUUUACCAUGGUGAAGAUUAUUGUUAAGAAUGGUUUGCAUAUCAUACGAUAUACACUAAUCUUUGCUUUAGGGAAGUAGUGAUGUGAAGGUUUUCAAGUAGAUGAGAGGUUUUAUCUUAAAAUUUUCUUCCCUAGAAUGUCUAUUCUUGUUUGUGAACGUGGUGGAUUUUAUGCAAUAAUGUUAAAGUGCCAUGUUUGUCUUCUUUCUUCUUAUUCUUCUUCUUUUAUUUUAGACAGAUGUUAUCAAAGAGACAGCUCAAAAUUUUGUAUAUUAAUGCUGAACUUUAGUUUAAAUGAAGUACUGAAGUGUGAUUUUUUUUUUCUUAUCUUUAUUUAUUUUUUAUUUUUAUUUUUUUUUACAGUGCUGUUUAUCCAAUAGUUAGAGAUUAUGUGAUCAUAUGCGAGAAAACUUUUCAAUUUUUUUCUUUUUAUUUCUUUUUAUGAUCCCUUUUAAAAAGGGACUGCCUGCCAGUUUCAGAGUAAGACUAUAAGAAUAUAUGCUCGAACAUAUGUGAAUAUCUCCUAUCUCCCUUCUUCUCCUCUUUCCUCACCGUCUUCCUCUCAAGACAUUAGUCCUCAUUUUGGAGAGAAGGCUUCAUAGAUAGAAUAACCAGUCCUGAAUUACCAUGAGAAGUUGUUCUGUCUUGAUGCAUGGAAAGUACUCACUUAUUAUGGCGAUGAUUUUAAGACCAAAUGUGCAUUGUCGAAAAGGAAGUGAAAAGAAUCCCCCUCUCCCUCUCCCACUUCCUGAGAGGGAAAUAGAUUUAUGUAUUAGCACUUGCUGGAAGAGUAGGUGUGUUAUCCUUGUAUCCUCGUGUUUCUCAAAAAUCAAAUGCUACUUUAGAGGCGUGCCUUUUUUAUUGGUAUUUAAAUCAUUGGAUUGCGUACUAAAGACUAAAUGUUUAAAGCCAUUAUGAAAGAUUUUUUUUGAAGAGAGAAAGCAAAAAGAGAUUGUAAUUUGCCGGUUGCAAAAUAUACUCUUUCAGAUUCAUUAUUUGGAUUAUCAUUAUAAACUCUUUAAUUGCUUGUUCUGGCUCAAACAUUGGUCUAAUAAGUACUCCAGUGUUAUACAUUGGUACCAUGAAAUCAUAUUUGCGAUAUAUAAUAUCUGCCAUAAAGAAAUUAUUAUAACCAGGUUCAACACCCUGUGGUGAAUAAUGGUAGUAAUAAAAAAAAAACUUAUUAAAUUAAAAGCUAAUCCUUUUCUUUCUUUUUGUUUGUCUGAUAUUUAUGCCUGUUUUAUUUUUCUCUAACAAUUCUUCUUCUUCUUCUUCUUCUUUUUAGUUCUAGUCGCACAGAGAUGUGGCUGUGAAUGUGACAUAGGAUAAUAAUAAUUUAAGUGAUAAAGUAUUGAAAAUGUUCUGAAAUGUCAAUAUUUUUCAUAGAUGAGUGUCUUUGUAUAAGAUAUAAAUGUUUUGGUUUACAUCUGGCUCACUGUAGAGGAGAAAAAUAAUUAUUUGAAAAAUGUAUUGGUUGUGAUUUCAAUGUCAUGUAUAUGGAGAUAAAAAGUUAUGUGAAUCAUUCUUUCACAUGCCCUUUUUAUUGUCCAAUUUUAUCAAAAACAGUUUUCAAGAGAAGCAAGCAAGAAAGCAUUAAAGAACCUCAGUAGCGGAGAGUGAUUUUAAGAAAAAAAUAAAUGCUUAAUCUACUAGUCUUUACAUAAUCAGGAUGUUUGUGUACAGGUGUAUGAUAUAUGGAUGCAAUUUUGUAUUCUCACAAACUAUUCCUAAAACUCUUCUACUUAUUUUCUGUAUAAUAUGUAUGAAUGCAAUCAUGUGUAGCCAAUUAAGGAGUGUCUUAGUUACACAUUUACUUUGUUUGCUCAACAGUGCAGGUGUAGUGAUGAUUCCAGUUUAGGUUAGUUAUUUAUAUUUGUGGCUUAAGCACUAGAGCUUUGUUCCGGCUAACACAGAUCUGACCUGCUCUUUGGAAUCUAGCCCAAUAGAUAUAUGUUGCAGUAAAUAGCACAAGCCUGCUUCAAUAUUUACACGUAAUGUAUGUUUAUGAAACCCUGCAGAUUUGUUGAGAUUUACUGUUUGGUCGAACUAUUAGCUUCUGGUUAAGCUGAAUGCUGGCUGUAAAUGUGGUUUCCGCGUAGUCUGGAAAUCUCUCGGUCCCAGUGAAAUUUUGAAGUGAAUUACUACUGCAAAAGGAUUUACCUAGAGUUUAGGGAUCCUUUUGAAAGUCUUCUGUAAUUACAAAUCAUUAGUUUGUAUAUAUGUUUGUUUUGAUAUUGUUAGAAAGGGAAGCAAUGGAAAUGGAAAUUUGUAAUAACCAUGAAUUAUUAUUUUCUAAUUUUGGCAUAAUAGAAAUUGUGCACAUAGUUGAUGCACAAGAUGAUUAUCAAUAACUAUCAACAUUUUGUGAAGGUUUUCCUCUACGGUGUUGUUAGUUCUCUAUAUUUCUCUCUCUUUUUAUUUUAUUAUUAUUAUUUUUUUUAAUGUAGCAGCAUUGCAGCAUGCACAAAAAAACAUCUUGAUAAAUGUAAGAGAGAGAGAGAGUGAGAAAGAUGAAGUUAUUAAUCAGUAAUCUUCCAGGGUUAGUGUGCAAGGGUUAAAAAAAAAAAAUCUGUCAUAUUUUCCUAGUGCAUCUUUUGUGUAUUAAAAAGUGCAGCUAUCUGGAAUUCCCAGAUGUGUUCUUUAAUGAACGUGUAUAUUUUCUGUUAUUCUCUUUUCAUCAUUCUUUUAAUAUCUUAGGUAUUUAAUUGUCUGGUUGAGGUUAGGGUGUAAGUGUGAGUGCUCCUCUCCUCACUCUCUCCCUCUCUCCAUCCCUUCCUCCCUCCCUUCCUCCCUUCCUCCCUCCCUCCCUCCCUCCCUCCCU